UUGGGGCAGUUGCUUGUAGCCUCUUGUGGUGAUUCAUUUCAUAUUGUGCUUCCAUUCCUUCCCCUUGUUUGUAUGCAAGCUUAUACUACUAGUGUUUCUCGUGUCCUGUUAGGGCAGGCCCUUUCAUGGAAAUUUAAGUCUUGGUGAGACCGAGACGUGUUCUUUUGAGCUGUACCAGGAAGUGUUCUUGAAGCAUUCAUCAGUUUGAUGAAAUAAUGAAAUAAAUAAUGGCAAUGAGUCAAGCCAAUGGGCAAUUACCGUUAAAAAGUUCACAUAUGGGUUUUGAGUUCAAUUGGGUUGGCCUGCAUUAUUAACAUUGCCAAUCAACUUCUAUUGAUUUGGUGCUUUGAGCGAAAUGGUUUACAAUUAAACAUUCAUUAUUCUACUUAAAAAGAGUUAUUAGAAUGAAGGUGUCCUCCGCGGCCGUGACCUAUCAAUAAGCUAGUGACAACAGCAAGCAGCCAGAUCGGGUAAAUUCCCGGAAAUGCCCUCGUCGCGCAAGACCAAGCAGGUGGCAGAUCCGGUAAAUUCAUAAUUUUACCGCGUGUUAUUGUCAAUUUCAAAAUUCCCCCACCCCGGCGGUCUUCCAGGGUUCAGAGUCUCAGAUUCUCUCUACUUGUAAUCGGAGUUCGCUCGUGAACGGUAGGUAGGUCAACAAUGUCCUCGUCGCCUCCGCCUCCCUCUCGAGAAUCCGACCCCAAAAACCCCUACUUCUACAGCCGCAAGGACAAAUCUCUCGGCCUCUUGUGCUCCAAUUUUCUCAAGUUGUAUAAUCGUGAUGGCGUAGACACUAUUGGAUUGGACGACGCGGCAAACCGAUUAGGCGUUGAAAGGCGGCGCAUUUAUGACAUUGUUAACAUAUUGGAAAGCAUUGGCGUUUUAACAAAAAAGGGUAAGAACCAGUAUUCCUGGAAAGGCUUUGGUGGCAUCCCUCAGGCGUUGGAUAAGCUUAAGGAAGAAGCAGCAAGGGAGGACUUAUCGAUGGAUGGUAGUUGCAGCAAUUCAGCAAAUGUUUCAAGUGAAAAUCAUUGUGCCGGGUCUUCAGAUUCUAAAACUGAUAGGCGAGACAAAACUUCUGUGCCAUCUAAAGUCGACAACAGGAAAGAGAAAUCUCUGGGGCUUCUGACUCAGAAUUUUGUAAAGCUUUUCCUUAGUGCUAAAGUAAAUUUGAUCUCCCUUGAUAACGCUGCAACAGCAUUGCUGGGUGAUGUUCAUGAUCCAACAGCUAUGAAAAACAAUUCUGCAGCGAAAGUUAGACGCCUAUACGAUAUUGCAAAUGUCUUCUCAUCGAUGAAUCUUCUUGAAAAGACUCAUCAUCCAGAAAGCAGGAAACCAGCAUUUAGGUGGUUGGGGUUUAAAGGAAGUUUGAUGAAUGCAACUGCUACUGGCUUCAGUUUGAACGAAUCUAAAAAAAGAGCAUUUGGAACCGAGAUCACAAACAUUCUUCCCAAGAAACAUAAGUCAGAUUCUUCUCUUGAUUGGGAUUCAAACAAGGGAGACAUGCUAAUGCAUACUGCGCAUGAUUUGAAAUCUGAACACAGUGACUCAUUGGAGCUGCAAGGGAAACACGGCUCUAAAAAUUUUGUGUUUGGCCCUUUUGCUCCAGCCAGUUUGUCUAAAGUAGGAGAUUCAGAAAACAAAGAUGGCAGGCAACUUAAAGACCUGGAGGAUCUGGCUUCUACUUAUCGUCCUCAGUAUUCCAACCAAGCUCUAAACGACCUGUUUGACCAUUAUGUUUCGGCUUGGAAAUCAUGGUUUGUGGAAGUUGCUGGGAAGAAAGAAAUUCGAGAGGUAUCCUGAUGCACCUCAAUUCUAACUCAAUUAACCAAACAAAGUUCAUCAGAGAUGAAAACCCCACUCUGGUCCAUAAUGGAGGCAUUUUCUUGAUUGACCACUCAGAAUAGUCAACACCAAUUUAUUAUCAUAUCUUUUAAUAUCAUGCCCUCUUCCUUUCUUUUCUUUUUUCUUUAAUUUCUUCAAUUCCAUGGUUGUAAAUUUCCAUUUUUCGGGCUUGGCAGCUGAACAUUAAACAUCUUAAGAGCAUUUUCAUGCAUAUUGAUUUCAUUUUA